AUGAUAUUAUUUAUUCUUUUUUUCGCCAUUGCUGCUUCUGAUAAAGCUCUGAUUACGCAUAGUUGUCCUGGAGGUAAAUCAGUAUGUCCGGACUCAGCAACCUGUUGUCUAAUUAAUGAAGGCAUUUAUGGUUGUUGUCCGAUGAUGGAUGCAGUAUGCUGCAAUGAUCUUAUUCAUUGUUGUCCUCCUGCUACAAAAUGUGAUAUGAUACACAGACAGUGUUUACAGGAUUAA